AACGGUGACCUAAAACCCUAAAUCUCUGAUCCGCCAUGAGAGGAGCUCUCUUCAGAAAUGCAUCUCUCUGCGCUCGCAGAUUCAUUCUUUCUCCUCGUAUAACCCAUCAAAUCUCCCCCAAUGUUCCCUUUCUCGCUCCAAUCUCCGCUCCGGCUCCUCUCAAAUUCAGAUUUUUCUCCUCCGAAUCCGAUUCGUCCGGUGAAAACUCGACUACUGCCCCUGAUUCUUCGCCGACUGAAUCCUCCGAUACGAAGGAUCUCGUUGUAGAAGAUGUAAGCAACAAAGAGCUUAAAAGCCGUAUAGAGAAGUAUUUCAAUGAGGGUAAUGAAGAUGCUUUACCUGGAGUUAUUGAAGCACUUCUACAGAGAAGACUUGCUGACAAACACGCAGAGACUGAUGAUGAAUUGAUUGAAAAACUCGAAACUUUACCUUUCAAAGAUGAUGUCAAGGAUGAAGAUUUUGAAUCCGAUUUCGAGGAAGCCCAUUCUACUGACGAAGAACUUGAGGAUUUGUAUAACUCUCCUGAGUAUGUAGCUGAAAAGAUGAGGAAGAAUGAAUUUUUCAACAUGGACGAUAAGAAGUGGGAUCACAUGAUUAGAGAAGGCAUCCAACAUGGGUGCCUUACCGAUACUAAGGAAUGCGAGGAGAUUCUUGAGGAUAUGCUCAAAUGGGACCAGCUUCUUCCUGAUGACUUGAAGAAAAAAGUUGAAGCAAAGUUUAAUGAGCUCGGGGAUAUGUGUGAAAGAGGUGAAAUUGAGGCCGAAGCAGCUUAUGAGCUUUUCAAGGAAUUUGAAGAUGAAAUGGUAAUUCAGUAUGGGGAUCAAAUGGAAGCUGAGGGUCCUCCCCAAUUUGGUGAAACAGAUGCUUCCGAUAGGAAUACUGACUUGGAUGAUCCCCCCGGUAAAGGCCCAAUCCUCAGGUGGCAAUCAAGGAUAGUUUUUGCUCCUGGAGGUGAUGCGUGGCAUCCAAAGAACAGGAAAGUGAAAAUGUCUGUUACAGUGAAAGAGCUCGGGCUCUCAAAGCAUCAGGCUAAAAGGCUAAGGGAACUUGUGGGGAAAAGAUACCAUUCGGGGAAAGACGAGCUUACAAUCACCAGCGAGAGGUUUGAACACCGAGAAGAAAACAGGAAAGACUGCUUAAGAACUCUUUACGGGUUGAUAGAGGAAGCUGGGAAAGCCAACAAGAUCGCUGAGGACAUAAGAACUUCAUAUGUAAAACAGAGACUCCGAGCCAAUCCAGCUUUUAUGCAGAAACUACAAGCCAAGAUCAUAAAGUCUAAAGAAUCAGAUGCCAUCAACGUCUGAAAAAAACUUUUCCCGGUUCGCGCCUUUUUUUCUUGUCUCACCAAAUAAUCUAUAGGAUCGUCUCUUUUUGGCAAUCAAUUGAUCCGGAUCCAUGAAAAAUCUUUGAUGGUAAUUGCUAUUUUAGUUUGGCUUGCUUAUUGUAUCUCAUGAAGACAUGAACCUUGAGACUAGUCAACGCUUUCUUAGAAUUAUGAAUCUCUCCUAAAGUUAAGGUUCUGGAUAUGUUUACUAGUUCAGAAUGAAAGUGACCAAAGAAG